CUAUACAUAAAGGAGUGUCGCAGUUCCAGUGUUCAACAAGUGUACUGAUUGUUGGAAGUUGAACCAGUGCAUACCUACCUCUAGGACUGACUGCCCCAGGACACAAGAAACUAACCUCCAGGACCAAUUUUACAUCUUAUGUCAAAGAUGAAGCUUAUUCUUCUCACUGUUUUGGUGGUCUGUGUAUGGAUGACAGAAAGAGUUUCAUGUCAAAAAUCCCGUACCCGACGUGAACUGGCCCCAGGACUUCACACUCGUGGAAUAAGAGAUGCUGGUGGCUCCUACUGUGAGAAGCACAACGCCUGUUGCCCAGAGAGAAAUGAUGGCUGCACUGUACCAUAUUUGGAUACAAUUUGUUAUUGUGACCUUUUCUGCAACAGAACUGUAUCUGACUGCUGUCCAGACUUCUGGGAAUAUUGCUUGGGAAUCAGCCCACCAAACAUUGUCGUUAAAGCUUGUACUAGAGAUGGCCAGCAUUUUCCAAAGGGGGCAACCUACCAAGACAACUGCAAUUUGUGCACUUGUUCACAUGCCGGAAAUUGGCAUUGUGAAGAAAACGCCUGUCUUAUUAACCCAAGGACCAUUAAUGCUGUGAACAGAGGGAAUUAUGGCUGGACGGCGGCAAACUAUAGCAACUUCUGGGGUUUAUCUCUAGACCAAGGAAUACAAUAUCGACUGGGGACCAACAAACCCUCCCCCACAAUCAUGAACAUGAAUGAGCUACAUGUAAACAUGAACAAUGAGGUCAUGCCCGUCUUUUUCAAUGCUGCAGAUAAGUGGCCGGGAAUGAUCCAUGAGCCACUGGAUCAAGGCAACUGUGCCGGUUCGUGGGCUUUCUCCACCGCAGCGGUUGCAUCGGAUAGACUCUCCAUUCAGUCAAUGGGUCACAUGACUCCAGCUUUGUCUCCUCAGAAUCUGCUUUCUUGUGACACUCGGAACCAGCAUGGUUGCAGAGGGGGCCGGGUGGAUGGAGCUUGGUGGUAUUUAAGGAGAAGAGGAGUUGUGACUGAUGACUGUUACCCAUUCGCGGCUACAGCAACAAAUGGUCAACACAACCCUUGCAUGAUGCACAGCCGUUCAGCAGGACGAGGGAAGAGGCAGGCAACCUCCCACUGCCCCAACCCACAUUCCUAUUCUAAUGAAAUCUACCAGUCCACACCAGCCUAUCGCCUGGCUUCCAGUGAGAAAGAAAUAAUGAAGGAAUUGUAUGAGAAUGGGCCUGUGCAAGCUAUUAUGGAGGUACAUGAAGAUUUCUUUAUGUAUAAGAGUGGAAUCUAUAGGCACACGCCAGUGAUGGCAAAUGAACCAGAGAAAUACCGUCGUCAUGGGACACACUCUGUAAAGAUCACCGGAUGGGGAGAGGAAAGAAGGGCAGAUGGACAAAUACAGAAAUAUUGGCUGGCUGCUAACUCCUGGGGCACGGAAUGGGGAGAGAGAGGAUAUUUCCGCAUUGCCCGUGGUGAAAAUGAAUGCGAAAUCGAAGCCUUUGUAGUAGGAGUAUGGGGAAGAGUUGAUAUGGAAGACGUUUCACGCAAAAAAUAAGGGGUCCAUGGACACUGUUUUUCUAAUUUGGGCAAAGGGAUAGUGUAGACCCUAGCUCAGACCCUCAGACUUUAAUUUCUGAAAACUGCAAGCUGAAUCAUGAUGUCAAAGGUGUAUCCCUCUUGUACUUAGGGGAAUUUCACAUAAGGGGUAAAUGUGGCUUUACAGGAAACCUGUGAACCUCUGUAGGUAUUUAUUUCUUCCUGUUAAUCUAAUCACAGGACCUUUUCCAUUUUAGCCUACACGAGGGAUCUAGAACUCUGUUACAGGAGACAACUUUGAGCGUGCAUCAGCAAGGAAAGUGCCCAAUUCCCAUACUGAUUAAAUGCUGAUGUUCUGAAAUUUAGGGUUAGUAAAGCUUUCAUAAACUGAUCCUGGUGCACUAGCUCCCAUUUAUAAUGGGAUUAAAUGUGAUGGCAACAAUAAUUGCUCUAUUUGUGUAUUGUCACUAGCACAUACACACCUUAGCUAUUCUCACAUUCCCCAUCAGCAGUUCCUCCUCUUCUGUGUCUUCACUACACCUUAGCAAUGCGAUGGAUUAGCAUCAUUAUGGCCACAGUAAUUUGUGGAAAUAACCAGGUUAUAGACAACAGAGAUACGCUGAGCUGCUCAGUAUUAAAAUCCUCAAUGUGAGCAGGAUGCAGCAGGGGUCCUGCGUGUAGUUAAGCUUACACUAUGGUGCUGACACUGGAGAUUCAGUGUGUGGGAUUUAGAUGGGAUAAUAGUGCACAUAAUCCUAUAAGCUCUGCAUGGAUCAAAGGGGUAUUGUUUGGGGCUAUGAACAUUAGGCAAACAGGCCUGCGAACUAGUCAAAAGCAGACAUUCCCCGCCAGCCAGAACUUACGGGAGGGAGGGGUGAAAACAUCCCUACAGAGGACCAAAGUGAACUAAUGGCCCCAUUAUGUACAAUGGGUUAAGACAAAAAAAGUUAUUUGACAUUUAGGAAGAAAUGGCUUGAGAAUCACGCUCUUUUUUUACUCACAUUCUUUAUGGUUUUUCUCCAUGGCUUAUGUUAGGUCUUCCUAUUUUUUUUGUAUAAACCAGAGUUUACCACAAAUAUUGCUGUAUCGCACUACGUUUAUAUAACCCAAUACCUGGCAGAAAUGACUACCAAUCCAGCGACUUUUCCAUAAACAAGGAAAUCAUUUUGGUUUCAAAUCUUUAUUAAAACAUUAAAUCUAUGCGGACAUAAAUCUAAAUAUAUAAAAUGUGAAAAUGAGUGUAACUUAUUUAUUGAAUUGUUCAGAAAAUAAACCUGUUUAUAUGAC